AUGAGUGGUGCCAUGAAUUUCCAAAACUGCGGUUCUGUGUUGGUGACAGGGGCUAGUCGUGGGCUCGGGCUGCAGAUGGUCGACAGCCUGGCGAGUGGAGGUUUUUCACCCGGCAAGAUUAUAGCCACAACCAAACCCACCGAGAGUGUGCAGGUAAACAGCUAUGUCAGAGCUUCACGGCUGUUACUACUUUAAUUGCAUGAUUAUAGAGGAAUAGCUGAGACAUGCGCGACGCUGCGCCGACCUUAACCGUAGAUAGAUAUAAGAAAGGCUAGAUGACUCGAGGCGGAGUCACCGGCGGCCAUCUUACUCCAGUAUACCGUUCUGGUACGCGCUAUGCCAGCUGACGGGAGGUGAGUAAUCUGCUUGAUCAAAAAUACUCUAAACUCGCUGAAAUCUCAGAUUUACAGUUUUGUUUAUUAUAGACCUAAAUAACGUGUCUAUGAGUCGGGGUGCUUGGACAUAUUGAAACGACAGCUUUUCUUUAAGAAAAAAAAGACUCAAUCAUGCAGCACAGUUGUUUCACAGCUAUUUGUGCACAAGGGCUAAUUUUGAGUCGCUUUGCGCGAGUUGUUAAGGCUCAAAUUUUCAGCAAUUUUACAUCAGUUGGAGAGGCAGAAAUGCUCUUUCGAGUCAACAUAACUUAAGCUGCACAUGAUUUCCAAGCUAUUUGGUUUGUUUAAAACAUCUAAAAUGGCAACAUGAGGCAGAAAUGAAUAUUGAAAAUAAAUACGAUAUGUUAUGUUGUAUAUGUAUGUAAUAUAUAUGUUACAUGUUGUAAUAUAUGUUCUUGUUAUAUGUUAUCAUAUUUAUCCUUAUAAUAGAAAUAUUACUAAUAUAUAUGGAAUGAUUAAAUGUUUUGUAUGUAAAUAAUUUAUUAUAAUUGCCUUGUGUGUGUAGGCCUAUAGCUAUUGCUCCACCUAUCUGCAUAACCUUUAUUUAUGAAAAUCUAUGGUUAAAAUUAUUCUUAAGUAUACAGGAACGUAGCUAAAACUCUGAUGUUUGUAACAAACCAAACCGUUCGUAGAUUAGUUUAAAAUUAAGCAAUCUAUGGUUAUUUAAAUGCUACAUGCACGGUAGACUGUAAUGAUAUGAGCGGGCGAGUGUCCCGUAGCAAAAUGGCCGCCAUGCGCCGGUCUCCAUUUGCGAACAACGGGCGUAAGCCAUCUAGCGUGUAUAUAUCUAUGGGUGCAAUAGCAGUGCAAGAAGCUGUAUGGUAACAUGGGACAGAGGGCGCCAUUGUUCACCAUAGACCUUUUUCACAGUACGCGGAAGUGAGCAGAAUGCUCACUUCCGGUGUUAGCGUGUGGUGGAGCCACUUAGCAUCGCCCAUAGACGGCCAUUCAUUUUUCACGAUAUUAGCAAGCUCACGACUCGUUUUUUUGAAAGGUAAAGUAAAACUUUAUGCUUUGUGCUGUUUUACUAACUCCUGUUCUUCAUAAUACUGUCCGGAUUUUGUACUUUACUUUUCGGGAAUUAUGUUUAAUAGGUCUGGAAAUUUUCUGUUGAUGGUAACCAUUGCUCUUCAGUAAUGACAUAUUAAACAUAAUUCCCGUAAAGUAAAGUAAAGUACAAAAUCCGGACAGUAUUAUGAAGAACAGGAGUUAGUAAAACAGCACAAAGCACAAAGUUUUACUUUACCUUUCAAAAAAACGAGUCGUGAGCUAGUUAAUAUCGUGAAAAAUGAAUGGCCGUCUAUGGGCGAUGCUAAGUGGCUCCACCACACGCUAAAAGGUCUGUCGCGACGUGUAUGACAUUUAACACCAAUAAAUAUGUUUUAACUUACAGAAACUGCAAGAACUGGCAGCCAAACACACAAACAUCCAUAUUUUUGCAUUGGGUAAGACUGACUGGAGCAUUACUGUGUGUGUUUCAAAAAUAAUGUUCAGAAUUUUGCAGAACAUUUUGCAAAUAUAUUUUGAUUGUGUUGUGGACAGCCAAAACUCAAUACCGCUGCACAUUUUAGAUUUUGAUGAAGAGAAAUCUCACAAACAAUGUCUUGACAACAACAAAAAAAUCCUCCAUUUGAAUUAAUAGGACAAAACUUCUGCACACGAAUCAACAUACAGCGCAAACACCUUAAUUCUCAUGCAUGUUCAAACACAUUCCGGCUGCAUUAAUAACUUACUUCAAACAUGUUUAUUUGACUUGAUAGGACUCAGUUUGCGUAACCUUUCACUCUGAGGUUUCAGAGUGUUGAUGUGUCUCUCUCUUAGAUGUAGUAAACCAGGAGAGUAUAGAAAAGUCUGUUGAAGAGGUUGGCCAGCUUGUACAAGAGGAGGGCCUGAACUGCCUGAUCAACAAUGCAGGGAUCAAUGUGGUGGCCGACUUUCACACAGUUACAGCAGAGAAGAUGAUAGAAAACUUCCACACUAAUGCUGUGGCUCCCCUGAUGAUCACCAAGGUAAUAUCCAUGUUCAAAUUUCAAGUUUCAUGUCGUGUAGGAACUUGCAACAAAAGAUGUCUGUCUUCAACAGAGGCUGAAAAAGACGAGAAAAUAUGUGUUAAUGACAGUCAACAGACACAAAACGUAUGGGAGGUUACUAAAAGCUGAAACUAAAAACUUUUGUAAAGUGUUGACCUUGAUAGACUGAAUUUAAAAGCCCCCCUAGCAGAGAGCAGAAUGUAUUUCAUGAAUAUUAAUUAAGUCUGGCUUCAGAUGGCCUCAAAGUACAAAACAAGCUACAAAGCAGCACAAUGUUCUUGGAAAUACUCAGGCACUGAUCAGGAACAUGUCAGCAGGACAGAUGCAUGCUGACACACAGUUUAAUUCAAUGGAAGGACAGUCUCUGUACCUACAAGGCCAAACUGCAGCCCUGACAGUGUUCAUGGGGUGGGUAGUCGGCUAUAAAUCACAGACACCAGAAUAUUAAUACCCUACUCCUUGCAGGGUGAGUGCCAAAAGUGUAGUUUUCAUUCAUUUGGAUUGGUGAUACUGCAAUUACUGCAGCAUGUAAUUUGUUUGUCUGUUCUAUGUAACAGUGAAUUCAAAUGUAAAUAUUAGAGUCAUGUGAUUUUUGCAGAAUACUGAGUCAUUUCAUAAAAUCCCAAAAGAACAAUGCAGAGUGCUAGAAUAUAAAGAAUUCUUGAAAUCGCAAGAUUCCAUCGGCUGGAUUAUCUCUGUAUUAGAGCUGGUCAAGGAAAGGUGAGAUGUUGUGUGUACUAAUAAAAAGAUCAGCCAGCUCAAACAGUUUUUGUACACUUUGUUUCUAGGUAAUUAGAUACACUUUGUUUGAAAGAGGAAGUGAAUGUAACAGGCCUCAAAGUUACACUUAUACAUGUGGAGAGCAGUCCAGUCCAAUGCAGUGGUAUAAAGUAGUCACUGUAAGUUGCACAUACAACCACUAGAGGUCAGUAUUUUAUUCCACUUGAGUAACUGUAUCGGGUUUUGGAGAAAAGCAUAGUUAAAUAUAAACCAAUAUUUCUGUCUUGAGAGUAAGUGUUUGUUCUCGACUUUUAAAAAAAAUUUUUUUAUGAUGAUCAUCAUCAGUGAGUGAAUUUUUGGAAGCUGAUGAUUUUCUGAUGCAGUAUUAAGCCUCAGCAGUAAUAAACCUUUUUUUUUUUUACCCUGUCAGGCCUUCCUGCCUCUUUUGAAAAAAGCUGCAUCAAGAAGAGGUGCAGGCGGUGCAGGGCGCAUGAGCAUCCAGAGGGCAGCAGUCAUCAACUGUGCUGGGCUCUGUUGA